ACCACUUGUUGGCUGUGAGGCGAUUGGAGGGUGAAUGUGAUGCAGCAGGUUUUUUUUUUUUCCUGCUUGGUAAUUGAUUCCAUAUUAGCCUAGCCUAGCCUGAGAGACUCGGAGACAUAUCACUGCUGCGCUUUCUCCAGCGUGGGCUGCAAGAGCACAAACUUCAGAGAGUCCAGAAACACACACACACAGCCGCCUCAUAACAGCAGGAAACACGGGAAACAUUAACAAUGACAACCAAAAAGCCGCAGAGCAUACUCCGGGAAGCGUCUCAUCAGAUUAUAGCGGGAGGAUCCGCUGGUCUGGUGGAGAUCUGCUUGAUGCAUCCCCUCGAUGUAGUGAAGACAAGGUUCCAGAUCCAAAGGGGAAGCAGCGACCCCAACAGCUACAAGAAUUUGACUGAUUGCUUCCGGACCAUCUUCCGCAACGAGGGGAUCUCCGGUUUCUACAAAGGGAUCCUUCCUCCGAUUGUUGCUGAGACACCAAAGAGAGCAGUCAAGUUUUUCACUUUUGAGCAAUACAAGAAGGCGCUGAGCUGGACCUCUUUGUCUCCUGGUUUGGCGCUCUCUGUAGCAGGGCUCGGCGCAGGCUUGACUGAAGCAGUUGUCGUCAAUCCAUUUGAAGUGGUGAAAGUCAGUCUCCAGGCCAACAGGGACGCCUUCAAAGAGCAACCGUCUUCCUUCGCUCAAGCAAGACGCAUAAUUAAUGCGGACGGAUUCGGACUGAGGGGUCUGAAUAAAGGACUCACAUCGACGCUGGGACGCCAUGGGGUUUUCAACAUGAUCUACUUUGGCUUCUACUUCAAUGUCAAGGAUGCUAUUCCUACCAACCCGGACCCUACUCUGGAGUUCAUGAGGAAGUUUGCUAUCGGCCUGGUGUCUGGAACCAUCUCUUCCUGCGUGAAUAUUCCCUUCGACGUAGCCAAGAGUCGCAUCCAAGGUCCCCAGCCCGUGCCCGGAGAAAUCAAGUACCGCACCUGCUUCCAGUCCAUGGCUCUGGUGUACCGGGAGGAGGGGUACCUGGCACUUUACAAGGGGUUGGUGCCCAAGAUAAUGAGGCUUGGACCAGGUGGAGCAGUGAUGCUGCUGGUCUAUGAAUAUGUGUCUGGAUGGCUACAGAAGAACUGGUAACAAAACAAAAAUAACACGGAAAGAAAACCAAAGAGAGUGCCGUAUGGAGUGUACCUCAUUGCCAAUAUUCUUAAAUGACUCUAGUAACGUCAGACCAGUUAGUUUUUUUAGUUUGUUUUUAUCUACCUUGAAUACACAGUUUUGCUCAGAAUAAUACCAAAUCAGCAUUACAAUACAUCUUAAAAUGAGGCUUUCUGAGGAAAAAGGUCAUCUUCAUCCAAGUUACAUUCUCAGGAAUAAAAACAGCUGCAUUUCUAUCAGCUGUGUUUCUAUCAGAUGCAUUUCUAUCAGCUACGUUUCUAUCAGCUGUGUUUCUAUCAGAUGCAUUUCUAUCAGCUAGGUUUCUAUCAGCUACGUUUCUAUCAGCUGUGUUUCUAUCAGCUGUGUUUCUAUCAGCUGUGUUUCUAUCAGCUACGUUUCUAUCAGCUGUGUUUCUAUCAGCUACGUUUCUAUCAGCUGUGUUUCUAUCAGCUACGUUUCUAAUGUGAAAUAGGUUUUUAACAGUUGGUUUUAAAGGACCUGAAAACAUAUUUUCUUAAUCAAUUUCCUACUGUAACUAAAGGGGUCCUACAAUAAUACAAUACUUGAAAUACAAUGCAAAUAUAAAACGGUUAUUAAUAUUUCACAACAUUAUGUUUGUGCUUUACGUCUGUCAGUCGAUUCAGAGCAAAGCUCACCUACACAGUCCUCGUGAAUCUUUGAAAAUUAAACUUUAUGGUGUAGUUGUUUAUUUAAUCACAAAACAAAGUUAAGUUGCUUAUAUAAAAAACAGGGAGCCUAAUUUUUAAUUUCAAAUUAAAUAAAACAUGAAGAAUUAAGUGAAGGCAGUUUUCCAAUAGGAUUUACAAGAUAUGGUAUAGAUCUUCAUUUUAUAGAUGCACAGUACGUGUUGUAUGAAUAUGAAGAAACAAAGACAUACCGAGUUACUGAGUUCACACGAGUCUCACUUCAAGAGGUUCCUAUACACACUUUUGUAUCUCCAUAUACAACAAUGUAUACGUGAUUCCAAAUAUAUACUGUGAUCGCGCCUAUAUUACUGAGCCUUACUGUAUAUCUCUAACAAACCAAACGGCAGCAAUAGUGCCUGAUAACUCAUGUAGUGAAACUAUCUUAUACAUAUAUAUAUCAUAGAGGCCUAUUGUAGAACUGUUUUAAUGAACAUGUUGUUGCAUGAUUGAUCAUUUUAUUUUCCUUUCUUAAAUUAGAUUAGUUUGAAAACUAUAAUUGGUAAGAAAUCAUGUUAACUUUUUUCCUGAUUUCCUGACAUUUGUGAAAAAGUGACUCAAUGAUUUGGUUAAAAAUAAAGAGAAAAUACAUUUCUGAAAAACGUC